AUGGAAUUUGAAGAAUAUUAUUACGUGAAGAAUGGCCAAGGAAGGCAUAAUAAUGGUGUAACGUACUACAAAUGUAAAUUUGCAAAAAAGUUUUUUUGUACUGCAACUUUGAAGGAACUUCCUAGUGGACAAAAGAUUACAAAUCGAACUCAUAACCACGACGUGGAUUUAAAUGUGAUUCGUAUGGCACAAUUUAAAAAGCGUUUUGAAAUGAGAUCUGCUACGGAUUUGAUUCCACUGACUCAAAUUUAUGACGAGGAAGCACGCAAUUUUCCAGAAUCAGCCUCAAAUUACACUAAACAUUCGGCUGAGAGUUUUAUGAGAAGGGCAAGGACAUUGUCACUUCCAAUGAUUCCCGAGACCUUAAGUGAUUUGGCCAAUCAGUUUAUAGCCGGAAAUUUAAACAGAUAUAGUGUUGAUGGCGAAGAUACAAAUGGCAAACAUUCUAUAGUAUUUGCAUCACAGUCUCUGAUAACUAAUGCUCUUACUAUGUGUAAGCGAGAAUUACAUGCUGAUGCCACUUUUAGAAUAGUUCCUUCAAAGCCUAAAUGUUACCAACUUUUGACAUUACUCGGUAUAAUAGAAAAUCAUAGUAUACCACUAGUUUAUGCUUUGAUGGAAUCCAAGAAGAAAUGUAGUUACCAAGCUGUGUUAAGUUACAUUAAAACUCAACUUCUACCACACUUUAACCCCCGUAAAAUACUAACUGAUUUUGAAACUGGAUUGAGUAAAACAUUGCAAGACAACUUUCCUUCUGCGAGACGGAUUGGUUGCUGGUUUCAUCACAACCAAGCAGUGUGGAAGAAGAUGAAAAGUAUUUAA